GGCCGUGUGUGACACUCAUGGCGACGCCACGGGCUGUACAAGAAGAUGACGUGGAGCGACUGGUAAAAUGCCGCACGCGCUCCGAGGUAGAAGCGAGGAAGGCAGCCGAAAGCACGAUGAAGCGUGCGAUGAAAGAAGCGACCGAGUUGAAGAAAGAGCUCAUGAUAUUGCGCAAAGAAAAGGAAGACAGCGAGCGUGCAACGACCGCGCCUGUCGUGUCCAAGCCCGACACAAAGCGAGCGUUGUCCGACGACUCGGUGAAAAAACUAGCCAAGCGGGACAAAGAAAUUGAAGCGCUCAGAGAAGCCCUGGCGCAGAAAGAUGUUGAGAACAAUGCCCUGCAGGGGACCAUGCAGACAAUGUCCCAGCGACUGGAACAAGCAAGCCAGGACGUUCAACGGCUGAGCGACGAAAACGCAGUCGCAGUGGAGACAGCGAAGAAGACGUUGACGGACCUUCGUCAAGCCAAGUCGAGCUUGGACGAACUCAAGCGAAAGCAUCAAAAGGCGGCAAAAGACUGGAAGGAUGAACGACAUGCGCUCGUGGCCGAGAACGCGCAACUGACCCAACGGCAAGAUGAGCUCCAGUCGGCCGCGGGCCAAAGCGCGCAGUUGAAGAAACAGUUGGCUCAAGCACGGGACCGCUUGACAUCCAUCGCUCACGAGUACGAAGAGCGACUACUGGAACGCGAAGCCACCCACGACGCCACUGUGAAAGGCAUCAACCAAUCGUGGCAGACCAAGCUCGACGCCGUGGUGGCCGCCUCAGUUUGUGACGUGGCGGCAGCAUCAAGGGAUGCGAAAGCCGCGGCCGACGCAACGCAUGCAGCAGUCAUCGGUCGCUUGCACGAAGAAUUGCAUCUUGAAAAGGAGGAAAACGUCGACUUGCUGCAAACUGUCAAGUCGCUUCAAGACAAACUGGUUGUGUUGCAGGACGUGGCCCGCGAAGCCGAACUGGCCAAGCAACAAGCGCUGGUCGAUGCCCAACAAGCCCGCGACAUGUGCACGACAGCAGAAGACGCAGCCGACGCCUGCGAAUCCCACGCGCGCAAGUACAAGGAAGAAGGGGCGGUGAUGGAAGAACAGCUGCACUUGAUUGACAAUGCGUUAAAGUUGCGCGGUAUUUCCAUCGACUUUUUGCUGAAAAAGGCAAACGGCAACAACAACAACAACAGCUGUGAUGAGGUUGCGAUCAAAAAGGACAAAGGAUCGUGGAAACUCAAGUCGUCGAAACCCGAAGGGACGCCACCCCCCGACAGCACCACCACCCGAUCCAAACGGAAAUGACCCAAGCGUAUGACGAUUUUGUUAAUUAUACUUGGCCGCAAACUCGUCGUGGAACGCUGGGAACGUUCCGUUGCCAAUAUGACGACGCAUGGCUUUGAAGAACGCAAAGUAGUGAUGCAAGUUGUGCAUGUACCUAGAUAUAUAUAUAGGGUGCGCUGAAUCGAAUGAUCAAAUCGCCAGACAAGCAAAGAUCGACCAAUCCAAACCCAGAACACGAAUCAAGUGG